UUCUCAUCCAUCUCCACCAUUUGUUGUUUGAUGUUUCCCACUCUUUGAGGAAGAAUGGUUGAUUUGGAGAGCGAAGUGCCCCCUCUGCCUCCCAGGUACAGGUUUCGGGAUUUGCUGCUAGGGGACCAAGGAUGGCAGAACGACGACAGGGUACAAGUUGAAUUCUAUAUGAAUGAAAACACAUUUAAGGAGAGAUUAAAGUUAUUUUUCAUUAAAAACCAGAGAUCAAGUCUAAGGAUACGCCUGUUCAAUUUUUCUCUCAAAUUAUUAAGCUGCUUAUUAUACAUCAUCCGAGUACUACUAGAAAACCCUUCACAAGGAAAUGAAUGGUCUCAUAUCUUUUGGGUGAACAGAAGUCUACCUUUAUGGGGCUUACAGGUCUCAGUGGCAUUGAUAAGUCUAUUUGAAACAAUACUACUUGGUUAUCUGAGUUAUAAGGGAAACAUAUGGGAACAGAUUUUACGAAUACCCUUCAUCUUGGAAAUAAUUAAUGCAGUUCCCUUCAUUAUCUCAAUAUUCUGGCCUUCCUUAAGGAAUCUAUUUGUUCCAGUAUUUCUAAACUGUUGGCUUGCCAAACAUGCCUUGGAAAAUAUGAUUAAUGACCUACACAGAGCUAUUCAGCGUACACAGUCUGCAAUGUUUAACCAAGUUUUGAUUUUGAUAUCUACAUUACUAUGCCUUAUCUUCACCUGCAUUUGUGGAAUUCAACAUUUGGAACGAAUAGGAAAGAAGCUGAAUCUCUUCGAUUCCCUUUAUUUCUGCAUUGUGACAUUUUCUACUGUGGGCUUUGGGGAUGUCACUCCUGAAACAUGGUCUUCCAAGCUUUUUGUUGUUGCUAUGAUCUGUGUUGCUCUUGUGGUUCUACCCAUACAGUUUGAACAGUUGGCCUAUUUGUGGAUGGAGAGACAAAAGUCAGGUGGAAAUUAUAGUCGACAUAGAGCACAGACUGAAAAGCAUGUUGUUCUGUGUGUCAGCUCACUGAAGAUUGAUUUACUUAUGGAUUUUUUAAAUGAAUUCUAUGCUCAUCCAAGGCUACAGGAUUAUUACGUGGUGAUUUUGUGUCCUACUGAAAUGGAUGUGCAAGUUCGAAGGGUUUUACAAAUCCCAAUGUGGUCUCAAAGAGUUAUCUACCUUCAGGGUUCUGCUCUUAAAGAUCAGGAUCUACUGAGAGCAAAGAUGGAUGAUGCUGAGGCCUGUUUUAUUCUGAGCAGCCGCUGUGAAGUAGAUAGGACAUCAUCUGAUCAUCAAACUAUUUUGAGAGCAUGGGCUGUAAAAGAUUUUGCUCCAAAUUGUCCUUUGUAUGUCCAGAUAUUAAAGCCAGAAAAUAAAUUCCACAUCAAAUUUGCAGAUCAUGUUGUUUGUGAAGAAGAAUUUAAAUACGCCAUGUUAGCUUUAAACUGUAUAUGCCCAGCAACAUCUACACUUAUUACACUACUGGUUCAUACCUCUAGAGGGCAAGAAGGCCAGCAAUCGCCAGAACAGUGGCAGAAGAUGUACGGUAGAUGCUCUGGGAAUGAAGUUUACCACAUUGUUUUGGAAGAAAGUACCUUUUUUGCUGAAUAUGAAGGAAAGAGUUUUACAUAUGCCUCUUUCCAUGCACACAAAAAGUUUGGUGUCUGCUUGAUUGGUGUUAGGAGGGAGGACAAUAAAAACAUUUUGUUGAAUCCAGGUCCUCGAUACAUUAUGAAUGCUACAGACAUAUGUUUUUAUAUUAAUAUUACCAAAGAAGAGAAUUCAGCAUUUAAGAACCAAGACCAGCAGAGAAAUAGCAAUGUACCAAGAUCAUUUUAUCAUGGACCUUCCAGGUUACCUGUACAUAGCAUAAUUGCCAGCAUGGGUACUGUGGCUAUAGAUUUGCAAGACACAAGCUGUAGAUCUGCCAGUGGUCCUACCCUGGCUCUUCCUGUAGAGGGAAGCAAAGAAUUAAGAAGACCUAGCAUUGCUCCUGUUCUAGAGGUUGCAGAUACAUCAUCAAUUCAAACAUGUGAUCUUCUAAGUGACCAGUCGGAAGAUGAAACUGCACCAGAUGAAGAAAUUUCUUCAAAUUUAGACUAUGCUAAAGGCUACCCACCUUACUCUCCAUAUAUAGGAAGUUCACCCACUUUUUGUCAUCUUCUUCAGGAAAAAGUGCCAUUUUGCUGCUUAAGGUUAGACAAGAGUUGCCAGCAUAACUACUAUGAGGACGCAAAAGCCUAUGGAUAAAAUAAACUAAUUAUAGUUGCAGCUGAAACAGCUGGAAAUGGAUUGUAUAAUUUUAUUGUUCCUCUCAGGGCAUAUUAUAGACCAAAGAAAGAACUUAAUCCCAUAGUACUGCUUUUGGAUAACCCCCUAGAUGAUUUGCUCAGGUGUGGAGUGACCUUUGCUGCCAACAUGGUGGUCGUGGACAAGGAGAGCACCAUGAGUGCUGAGGAGGACUACAUGGCAGAUGCCAAAACCAUUGUAAACGUGCAGACUCUUUUCAGGUUGUUUUCCAGUCUCAGUAUUAUCACAGAGCUUACUCACCCAGCAAACAUGAGAUUCAUGCAGUUCAGAGCCAAAGACUGUUAUUCUCUUGCUCUUUCAAAACUGGAAAAGAAAGAACGAGAGAGAGGUUCAAAUUUGGCCUUCAUGUUUCGACUGCCUUUUGCUGCUGGAAGAGUUUUUAGCAUCAGUAUGUUGGAUACCCUUCUAUAUCAGUCAUUUGUAAAGGAUUAUAUGAUUUCUAUCACCAGACUUCUGUUGGGACUGGACACUAUACCAGGAUCGGGGUUUCUUUGUUCUAUGAAAAUCACUGAGGAUGACUUAUGGAUCAGAACCUAUGCCAGACUUUAUCAGAAGCUGUGUUCUUCUACUGGGGAUGUUCCCAUUGGAAUCUAUAGAACUGAAUCUCAGAAACUGACUACAUCUGAGUCUCAGAUAUCUAUCAGUGUGGAAGAUUGGGAAGACACCAAAGACUCCAAAGAGCAAGGUCACCAUCGCAGCAACCACCGCAAUUCCACCUCCAGCGACCAGUCAGACCACCCCUUGCUGCGGAGAAAGAGCAUGCAGUGGGCCCGAAGACUGAGCAGAAAAGGUCCCAAGCACUCUGGUAAAACAGCUGAAAAAAUAACCCAGCAGCGACUGAACCUCUACAGGAGGUCAGAAAGACAAGAGCUGGCUGAACUUGUGAAAAAUAGAAUGAAACACUUGGGUCUUUCCACAGUGGGAUAUGAUGAAAUGAAUGAUCAUCAAAGUACCCUCUCCUAUAUCCUGAUUAACCCAUCUCCAGAUACCAGGCUUGAACUAAAUGAUGUUGUAUACUUAAUCCGACCAGAUCCACUGUCCUACCUUCCAAAUAGUGAACCCAGUCGGAAAAACAGCAUCUGCAAUGCCACUAAUCAAGACUCACGGGAAGAAACUCAACUUUGAUAGAAGGAAAAUAAGAGACUUCUUUUUCCUAUAAGGAUCUUGCUUGAAAAGCAAAAGUGUUGCAGAAAUUAAAAGAAACUAGACUGAAAUAUAUUCAGUUUUUUCCUACUAAAGCAAAAUCUAUUCUCUUAGAAGCAUAGAGCAUUUUGGAACUCAAUGUACUAUUUAUUGGUACUUCCCAUAUGAAUAUUUAAAAGACAACAAUGAUAUAAAUCUGAAAACAAAAAAAUAAUUAAAUUUAAUAUUCAACUCUUUGACAAUACCUUGAACUGUAUGAAGCCAGUUUAAUAAAAAAUUAAGGUUUUAUGAAGUAAAUGAAAAAUUCUAAUAUUUGGUACGUCCCAAAGGACACUGAAGAUUGUUACUCCUCUUAAAAAGUAAAUGUGUCAUAGUAUAUUCUUUAAACUUGCUGUUUUAUAAAACUGAGCUCAUCAUAAAUGUCUAGUCUUCUCUGCCUAGAGAUUAUCCAACAAACUUGCGUGGCUGAUUUUUGUGUAAGAAUCAUAGUUUGCUUUAGCAUACAAAUCUUGAAGUCAUUUUAACCCUUUCUGUCUGCCUUUUCAUAUGAUAUAUUAGUUUUAGAAUUUGAGAUGUUCACAGCAUGUUUAAUUACACAGAAUAAAUUAAAACAAAAAGAAAUAUGAAGUACCAAACAUUUUGGUGACCUUAUAUCCAGGACACAUCUUAAGCUAAGAAAAGUAUAUUACAAAGUGAAUAUCUGUUAUUCUCCUAAAAAAUGCCUAGCAUAGAGAAAACUCUUAAGAAUGCAUUUGUUGAAUUAAUUUUAUUCCAAAAAUUGAAACAGUAACUGGAUUUCUGAAAUAUGCAGAAAUGAGUUUCAUUAGACUCUUGAACUUCAACAUUUUUCAUAUAUCUAUGUAAUUUCAUCAGAAAAAUAACUUAAAAUUGAAGGAAAAUAUUUAUACUUUUCUAUGAAUUACAGAGACAUGUCAAAACUCAAACAUCCUCCAUAUGUCUUUGGCAUUGAAAAAGUAGCACUAAAAAUAGGCAGUUAAAUUUUUUUGUUUCAAUUUUGGAAAUCAUCUAUAUUAUUAUAUUUGAACUUAUUAAAGUAUAAGUAAUCCAGUCCUUUAAAUUUAACAUGAUUUUUUCAGAAUUUGACAGUUAUAAAUUUAAAUAUAAAUUGACCCUUGGAGACACUAAUGCUUUUGUCUGGAUUGUUUUUCUUCCCUACAUAAGUAGACCAAAAAGUACAAGAGAAAGCACAGAUAGUGUGUCUGGUAGUAGAAGGGUGUUAAGGUGUUACCAUAGGAUAGAUUUCACUAAAUUUUUAAAUAUAUUUUUCUUCUAAUUGCCUAUUUUUUUAAAUUUCUGAAUUUGACGCUGAAUUUCCGCUCAGGAAAUACUAGGACCUAAAGAAUAGAAAGGGACAUUCUGUCUUUUUAACAAAAUAACAAAGUAGACCAACUGAAAGGAAAAUAGAAAUUUAUUUUUAAAAAGAUAAAAACUAAUUUUCCCUAAUAAUUACACAGAAAAAAAUGAAAAACAUGCAAUAAGAAAUAAAAAAAUUAUUGUGAUUGCAUAAUUUGACUUGGAGAAUGAAAUGAGGGUUUUUUAAAAAAUUUGAAUAUAAUUUACAAUAUCCAUAUUUUAGAAUGGCAGGAACACCAACUAUUUCCCCUAAAACAGAGAGGGACUCUCUUUAGUCUUCUCUAAUCAGUCAGAAAAGUAGAAUUAUAACAAAUUACUUAAAAUUGGGAGCAUGCCUUAAAACUUAAUGAUUGUAUGCAUAUAUAUGUGUGUGUGUGUAUGUUAUAAAUGUGAAAUAUAUUUGACAAACACACCUAUCAUAUAAUUGUUAAAAUUGAUGGCAGAAUUGAACUAAAUGUAUGUAAUGGAAAAAAAUAAGGAAUAUACUGAACUUGUUUCAUAUUUGCACAUUGAUAGUCUAAUAUGAUGUUUAUUUGAGUUGACAUUUUUUUACUCCAUUAUGGUUAUUUUUAGGAAUAAAUGUAAGAUUUUACAAAUCUUCUAUUUCCCCACAAGAUCUGAAGUUUAGUAUUUUUGCAUUUUGACAGUUGUUAAGACUAGGAUUUUAAGCUAGGAUAUAAUUAUAUUUCCUAUAAGAUUAAACAUUUUGUUUCGUAAAUUUUAAAGUAAUUAUUUUUUAUUAUAAACAUUAUCCCAAAUUUAAUAUUUGACAGAGUUCAUAUCAGCUUGCUAUAAUAGUUUAUUAGUAUUUCUGGUUACUUAAAAAAUAAAACAUGCUUAUAAAAUAAUUUUAACAAACUGUUGCCUUUUUAAAACAAUUACACUAGCAAAUGAAAAUAAACAUAAAAUCAAUAAUGGUCCUUGUAGCCCUAUGGGAAUUGGUUCUGUUUAUUGUCUGUGUACGAUUUUGCUACCAGUUACAUUGAAUUGCUUUAAAAUAAAUAAUAAAAAUAUUUCUG